CAAAAAAAUAUGAAAAACAAAAACAAAAUUAAAAACAAAAACUUCAAGUUGAAAACAAUUGAGAGUAAAAUAAAAAAGUUUUGGAAAAAACAAAAAAAUAUACAUAUUAGAAAUCCUGAGCUACCCAAAAUCUACCCAACAGACAAGGGUCGCGAGCCCGCUCAAAGAGAGAGGCACGAAAGAGAGAUGAAGGAUCGAGCAAUCCGAGGCUGUCUAGCUCGAAAAAGACAAGUAACACGACUUAAAACGAACCAAAUCGAAAAACCCCCUAGCUCGAAAAUAAUGCAUCAGACGUCGGCUCGAAGCGGACGUUGGCUUGAAACAGCAAUCCUCCAUCUGACAACAACCGAGGGAUUUGGAAAAAAUUUUUUCUGUUCAUAA